CACGGCGUGAGCUCACUGCAAGCAACGCGUGAGCUCACUGCAGCAAGGCGUGAGCUCACUGCAGCAAGGCGUGAGCUCACUGCAGCAAGGCGUGAGCUCACUGCAGCAAGGCGUGAGCUCACUGCAGCAACGCGUGAGCUCACUGCAGCAAGGCGUGAGCUCACUGCAGCAACGCGUGAGCUCACUGCAGCAAGGCCUCACUGCAGCAAGCGUGAGCUCACGCAGCAACGCGUGAGCUCACUGCAGCAAGGCGUGAGCUCACUGCAGCAACGCGUGAGCUCACUGCAGCAAGGCGUGAGCUCACUGCAGCAACGCGUGAGCUCACUGCAGCAAGGCGUGAGCUCACUGCAGCAACGCGUGAGCUCACUGCAGCAACGUGUGAGCUCACUGCACAAGCGUGAGCUCACUGCAGCAAGGCGUGAGCUCACUGCAGCAACGCGUGAGCUCACUGCAGCAAGGCGUGAGCUCACUGCAGCAACGCGUGAGCUCACUGCAGCAAGGCCUCACGGCAAGCAAGGCGUGAGCUCACUGCAGCAAGGCGUGAGCUCACUGCAGCAAGGCGUGAGCUCACUGCAGCAAGGCGUGAGCUCACUGCAGCAAGGCGUGAGCUCACUGCAGCAAGGCGUGAGCUCACUGCAGCAACGCGUGAGCUCACUGCAGCAAGGCGUGAGCUCACUGCAGCAAGGCGUGAGCUCACUGCAGCAACGCGUGAGCUCACUGCAGCAACGCGUGAGCUCACUGCAGCAAGGCGUGAGCUCACUGCAGCAAGGCGUGAGCUCACUGCAGCAAUGCGUGAGCUCACUGCAGCAAGGCGUGAGCUCACUGCAGCAACGCGUGAGCUCACUGCAGCAAGGCGUGAGCUCACUGCAGCAACGCGUGAGCUCACUGCAGCAAGGCGUGAGCUCACUGCAGCAACGCGUGAGCUCACUGCAGCAACGCGUGAGCUCACUGCAGCAAGGCGUGAGCUCACUGCAGCAAGGCGUGAGCUCACUGCAGCAAGGCGUGAGCUCACUGCAGCAAGGCGUUAGCUCCACUGCAGCAAGGCGUGAGCUCACUGCAGCAAGGCGUGAGCUCACUGCAGCAAUGCGUGAGCUCACUGCAGCAACGCGUGAGCUCACUGCAGCAAGGCGUGAGCUCACUGCAGCAACGCGUGAGCUCACUGCAGCAAUGCGUGAGCUCACUGCAGCAAGGCGUGAGCUCACUGCAGCAACGCAUGAGCUCACUGCAGCAACGCGUGAGCUCACUGCAGCAACGCGUGAGCUCACUGCAGCAAGGCGUGAGCUCACUGCAGCAACGCGUGAGCUCACUGCAGCAAGGCGUGAGCUCACUGCAGCAACGCGUGAGCUCACUGCAGCAAGGCGUGAGCUCACUGCAGCAACGCGUGAGCUCACUGCAGCAACGCGUGAGCUCACUGCAGCAAGGCGUGAGCUCACUGCAGCAACGCGUGAGCUCACUGCAGCAAGGCGUGAGCUCACUGCAGCAAGGCGUGAGCUCACUGCAGCAAGGCGUGAGCUCACUGCAGCAACGCGUGAGCUCACUGCAGCAAGGCGUGAGCUCACUGCAGCAACGCGUGAGCUCACUGCAGCAAGGCGUGAGCUCACUGCAGCACGCAGUGCGCACUGCACUGCAGCAAGGCGUGAGCUCACUGCAGCAACGCGUGAGCUCACUGCAGCAAGGCGUGAGCUCACUGCAGCAAGGCGUGAGCUCACUGCAGCAAGGCGUGAGCUCACUGCAGCAACGCGUGAGCUCACUGCAGCAAGGCGUGAGCUCACUGCAGCAACGCGUGAGCUCACUGCAGCAACGCGUGAGCUCACUGCAGCAAGGCGUGAGCUCACUGCAGCAAGGCGUGAGCUCACUGCAGCAAGGCGUGAGCUCACUGCAGCAAGGCGUGAGCUCACUGCAGCAAGGCGUGAGCUCACUGCAGCAAGGCGUGAGCUCACUGCAGCAACGCGUGAGCUCACUGCAGCAACGCGUGAGCUCACUGCAGCAAGGCGUGAGCUCACUGCAGCAAGGCGUGAGCUCACUGCAGCAAGGCGUGAGCUCACUGCAGCAACGCGUGAGCUCACUGCAGCAAGGCGUGAGCUCACUGCAGCAACGCGUGAGCUCACUGCACACAGACGCGUGAGCUCACUGCAGCAAGGCGUGAGCUCACUGCAGCAACGCGUGAGCUCACUGCAGCAAGGCGUGAGCUCACUGCAGCAAGGCGUGAGCUCACUGCAAGCAAGCGUGAGCUCACUGCAGCAAGCGUUGAGCUCACUGCAGCAACGCGUGAGCUCACUGCAGCAAGGCGUGAGCUCACUGACUGCAUCGCUGCUGAGCUCACUGCAGCAAGGCGUGAGCUCACUGCAGCAAGGCGUGAGCUCACUGCAGCAAGGCGUGAGCUCACUGCAGCAAGGCGUGAGCUCACUGCAGCAACGCGUGAGCUCACUGCAGCAAGGCGUGAGCUCACUGCAGCAACGCGUGAGCUCACUGCAGCAAGGCGUGAGCUCACUGCAGCAACGCGUGAGCUCACUGCAGCAACGCGUGAGCUCACUGCAGCAACGCCUCACUGCAGCAACGCGUGAGCUCACUGCAGCAAGGCGUGAGCUCACUGCAGCAAUGCGUGAGCUCACUGCAGCAAGGCGUGAGCUCACUGCAGCAAGGCGUGAGCUCACUGCAGCAAGGCGUGAGCUCACUGCAGCAAGGCGUGAGCUCACUGCAGCAAGGCGUGAGCUCACUGCAGCAACGCGUGAGCUCACUGCAGCAAGGCGUGAGCUCACUGCAGCAAGGCGUGAGCUCACUGCAGCAAGGCGUGAGCUCACUGCAGCAAGGCGUGAGCUCACUGCAGCAACGCGUGAGCUCACUGCAGCAAGGCGUGAGCUCACUGCAGCAACGCGUGAGCUCACUGCAGCAAGGCGUGAGCUCACUGCAGCAAGGCGUGAGCUCACUGCAGCAAGGCGUGAGCUCACUGCAGCAAGGCGUGAGCUCACUGCAGCAAGGCGUGAGCUCACUGCAGCAAGGCGUGAGCUCACUGCAGCAACGCGUGAGCUCACUGCAGCAAGGCGUGAGGCAAAAAAAAAGCUCACUGCAGCAAGGCGUGAGCUCACUGCAGCAAGGCGUGAGCUCACUGCAGCAACGCGUGAGCUCACUGCAGCAACGCGUGAGCUCACUGCAGCAACGCGUGAGCUCACUGCAGCAAGGCGUGAGCUCACUGCAGCAAGGCGUGAGCUCACUGCAGCAAGGCGUGAGCUCACUGCAGCAACGCGUGAGCUCACUGCAGCAAGGCGUGAGCUCACUGCAGCAACGCGUGAGCUCACUGCAGCAACGCGUGAGCUCACUGCAGCAAGGCGUGAGCUCACUGCAGCAAGGCGUGAGCUCACUGCAGCAAUGCGUGAGCUCACUGCAGCAACGCGUGAGCUCACUGCAGCAACGUGUGAGCUCACUGCAGCAGCAAGAGCAGGCCUCACUGCAGCAAGGCGUGAGCUCACUGCAGCAAGGCGUGAGCUCACUGCAGCAAGGCGUGAGCUCACUGCAGCAAGGCGUGAGCUCACUGCAGCAAGGCGUGAGCUCACUGCAGCAAGGCGUGAGCUCACUGCAGCAAGGCGUGAGCUCACUGCAGCAACGCGUGAGCUCACUGCAGCAAUGCGUGAGCUCACUGCAGCAACGCGUGAGCUCACUGCAGCAAGGCGUGAGCUCACUGCAGCAAGGCGUGAGCUCACUGCAGCAAGGCGUGAGCUCACUGCAGCAAGGCGUGAGCUCACUGCAGCAAGGCGUGAGCUCACUGCAGCAACGCGUGAGCUCACUGCAGCAACGCGUGAGCUCACUGCAGCAAGGCGUGAGCUCACUGCAGCAAGGCGUGAGCUCACUGCAGCAAGGCGUGAGCUCACUGCAGCAACGCGUGAGCUCACUGCAGCAAGGCGUGAGCUCACUGCAGCAAGGCGUGAGCUCACUGCAGCAACGCGUGAGCUCACUGCAGCAAGGCGUGAGCUCACUGCAGCAACGCGUGAGCUCACUGCAGCAAGGCGUGAGCUCACUGCAGCAAGGCGUGAGCUCACUGCAGCAACGCGUGAGCUCACUGCAGCAAGGCGUGAGCUCACUGCAGCAACGCGUGAGCUCACUGCAGCAAGGCGUGAGCUCACUGCAGCAAGGCGUGAGCUCACUGCAGCAAGGCGUGAGCUCACUGCAGCAACGCGUGAGCUCACUGCAGCAAGGCGUGAGCUCACUGCAGCAAGGCGUGAGCUCACUGCAGCAACGCGUGAGCUCACUGCAGCAAGGCGUGAGCUCACUGCAGCAACGCGUGAGCUCACUGCAGCAACGCGUGAGCUCACUGCAGCAACGCGUGAGCUCACUGCAGCAAGGCGUGAGCUCACUGCAGCAAGGCGUGAGCUCACUGCAGCAACGCGUGAGCUCACUGCAGCAAGGCGUGAGCUCACUGCAGCAAGGCGUGAGCUCACUGCAGCAAGGCGUGAGCUCACUGCAGCAAGGCGUGAGCUCACUGCAGCAACGCGUGAGCUCACUGCAGCAAGGCGUGAGCUCACUGCAGCAAGGCGUGAGCUCACUGCAGCAAGGCGUGAGCUCACUGCAGCAACGCGUGAGCUCACUGCAGCAACGCGUGAGCUCACUGCAGCAAGGCGUGAGCUCACUGCAGCAAGGCGUGAGCUCACUGCAGCAACGCGUGAGCUCACUGCAGCAAGGCGUGAGCUCACUGCAGCAACGCGUGAGCUCACUGCAGCAACGCGUGAGCUCACUGCAGCAAGGCGUGAGCUCACUGCAGCAAGGCGUGAGCUCACUGCAGCAACGCGUGAGCUCACUGCAGCAAGGCGUGAGCUCACUGCAGCAAGGCGUGAGCUCACUGCAGCAACGCGUGAGCUCACUGCAGCAAGGCGUGAGCUCACUGCAGCAACGCGUGAGCUCACUGCAGCAAGGCGUGAGCUCACUGCAGCAAGGCGUGAGCUCACUGCAGCAAGGCGUGAGCUCACUGCAGCAAGGCGUGAGCUCACUGCAGCAAUGCGUGAGCUCACUGCAGCAACGCGUGAGCUCACUGCAGCAAGGCGUGAGCUCACUGCAGCAAGGCGUGAGCUCACUGCAGCAAGGCGUGAGCUCACUGCAGCAAGGCGUGAGCUCACUGCAGCAACGCGUGAGCUCACUGCAGCAAGGCGUGAGCUCACUGCAGCAAUGCGUGAGCUCACUGCAGCAACGCGUGAGCUCACUGCAGCAAGGCGUGAGCUCACUGCAGCAACGCGUGAGCUCACUGCAGCAACGCGUGAGCUCACUGCAGCAAGGCGUGAGCUCACUGCAGCAAGGCGUGAGCUCACUGCAGCAACGCGUGAGCUCACUGCAGCAAGGCGUGAGCUCACUGCAGCAAGGCGUGAGCUCACUGCAGCAAGGCAUGAGCUCACUGCAGCAACGCGUGAGCUCACUGCAGCAACGCGUGAGCUCACUGCAGCAACGCGUGAGCUCACUGCAGCAACGCGUGAGCUCACUGCAGCAAGGCGUGAGCUCACUGCAGCAAGGCGUGAGCUCACUGCAGCAAGGCGUGAGCUCACUGCAGCAACGCGUGAGCUCACUGCAGCAAGGCGUGAGCUCACUGCAGCAAGGCGUGAGCUCACUGCAGCAACGCGUGAGCUCACUGCAGCAACGCGUGAGCUCACUGCAGCAAGGCGUGAGCUCACUGCAGCAAGGCGUGAGCUCACUGCAGCAACGCGUGAGCUCACUGCAGCAACGCGUGAGCUCACUGCAGCAAGGCGUGAGCUCACUGCAGCAAGGCGUGAGCUCACUGCAGCAAUGCGUGAGCUCACUGCAGCAACGCGUGAGCUCACUGCAGCAAGGCGUGAGCUCACUGCAGCAAUGCGUGAGCUCACUGCAGCAACGCGUGAGCUCACUGCAGCAAGGCGUGAGCUCACUGCAGCAACGCGUGAGCUCACUGCAGCAAGGCGUGAGCUCACUGCAGCAACGCGUGAGCUCACUGCAGCAACGCGUGAGCUCACUGCAGCAAGGCGUGAGCUCACUGCAGCAACGCGUGAGCUCACUGCAGCAACGCGUGAGCUCACUGCAGCAACGCGUGAGCUCACUGCAGCAACGCGUGAGCUCACUGCAGCAAGGCGUGAGCUCACUGCAGCAAGGCGUGAGCUCACUGCAGCAAGGCGUGAGCUCACUGCAGCAAGGCGUGAGCUCACUGCAGCAACGCGUGAGCUCACUGCAGCAAGGCGUGAGCUCACUGCAGCAAGGCGUGAGCUCACUGCAGCAACGCGUGAGCUCACUGCAGCAACGCGUGAGCUCACUGCAGCAACGCGUGAGCUCACUGCAGCAAGGCGUGAGCUCACUGCAGCAACGCGUGAGCUCACUGCAGCAAGGCGUGAGCUCACUGCAGCAAGGCGUGAGCUCACUGCAGCAACGCGUGAGCUCACUGCAGCAAGGCGUGAGCUCACUGCAGCAACGCGUGAGCUCACUGCAGCAAGGCGUGAGCUCACUGCAGCAAGGCGUGAGCUCACUGCAGCAAGGCGUGAGCUCACUGCAGCAAUGCGUGAGCUCACUGCAGCAACGCGUGAGCUCACUGCAGCAAGGCGUGAGCUCACUGCAGCAAGGCGUGAGCUCACUGCAGCAAUGCGUGAGCUCACUGCAGCAAGGCGUGAGCUCACUGCAGCAAGGCGUGAGCUCACUGCAGCAACGCGUGAGCUCACUGCAGCAACGCGUGAGCUCACUGCAGCAAGGCGUGAGCUCACUGCAGCAACGCGUGAGCUCACUGCAGCAACGCGUGAGCUCACUGCAGCAACGCGUGAGCUCACUGCAGCAACGCGUGAGCUCACUGCAGCAAGGCGUGAGCUCACUGCAGCAACGCGUGAGCUCACUGCAGCAAGGCGUGAGCUCACUGCAGCAAGGCGUGAGCUCACUGCAGCAAGGCGUGAGCUCACUGCAGCAACGCGUGAGCUCACUGCAGCAACGCGUGAGCUCACUGCAGCAAGGCGUGAGCUCACUGCAGCAACGCGUGAGCUCACUGCAGCAACGCGUGAGCUCACUGCAGCAACGCGUGAGCUCACUGCAGCAAGGCGUGAGCUCACUGCAGCAAGGCGUGAGCUCACUGCAGCAACGCGUGAGCUCACUGCAGCAACGCGUGAGCUCACUGCAGCAACGCGUGAGCUCACUGCAGCAAGGCGUGAGCUCACUGCAGCAAGGCGUGAGCUCACUGCAGCAAGGCGUGAGCUCACUGCAGCAAGGCGUGAGCUCACUGCAGCAACGCGUGAGCUCACUGCAGCAACGCGUGAGCUCACUGCAGCAACGCGUGAGCUCACUGCAGCAAGGCGUGAGCUCACUGCAGCAACGCGUGAGCUCACUGCAGCAAGGCGUGAGCUCACUGCAGCAACGCGUGAGCUCACUGCAGCAAGGCGUGAGCUCACUGCAGCAACGCGUGAGCUCACUGCAGCAAGGCGUGAGCUCACUGCAGCAAGGCGUGAGCUCACUGCAGCAACGCGUGAGCUCACUGCAGCAAGGCGUGAGCUCACUGCAGCAACGCGUGAGCUCACUGCAGCAAGGCGUGAGCUCACUGCAGCAAGGCGUGAGCUCACUGCAGCAAGGCGUGAGCUCACUGCAGCAAGGCGUGAGCUCACUGCAGCAACGCGUGAGCUCACUGCAGCAAGGCGUGAGCUCACUGCAGCAAGGCGUGAGCUCACUGCAGCAAGGCGUGAGCUCACUGCAGCAAGGCGUGAGCUCACUGCAGCAAGGCGUGAGCUCACUGCAGCAACGCGUGAGCUCACUGCAGCAACGCGUGAGCUCACUGCAGCAAGGCGUGAGCUCACUGCAGCAAGGCGUGAGCUCACUGCAGCAAGGCGUGAGCUCACUGCAGCAACGCGUGAGCUCACUGCAGCAACGCGUGAGCUCACUGCAGCAAGGCGUGAGCUCACUGCAGCAAGGCGUGAGCUCACUGCAGCAAGGCGUGAGCUCACUGCAGCAAGGCGUGAGCUCACUGCAGCAACGCGUGAGCUCACUGCAGCAAGGCGUGAGCUCACUGCAGCAACGCGUGAGCUCACUGCAGCAACGCGUGAGCUCACUGCAGCAAGGCGUGAGCUCACUGCAGCAACGCGUGAGCUCACUGCAGCAAGGCGUGAGCUCACUGCAGCAACGCGUGAGCUCACUGCAGCAACGCGUGAGCUCACUGCAGCAAGGCGUGAGCUCACUGCAGCAAGGCGUGAGCUCACUGCAGCAAGGCGUGAGCUCACUGCAGCAAGGCGUGAGCUCACUGCAGCAACGCGUGAGCUCACUGCAGCAAGGCGUGAGCUCACUGCAGCAAGGCGUGAGCUCACUGCAGCAAGGCGUGAGCUCACUGCAGCAAGGCGUGAGCUCACUGCAGCAACGCGUGAGCUCACUGCAGCAAGGCGUGAGCUCACUGCAGCAAGGCGUGAGCUCACUGCAGCAACGCGUGAGCUCACUGCAGCAAGGCGUGAGCUCACUGCAGCAACGCGUGAGCUCACUGCAGCAAGGCGUGAGCUCACUGCAGCAACGCGUGAGCUCACUGCAGCAAGGCGUGAGCUCACUGCAGCAACGCGUGAGCUCACUGCAGCAACGCGUGAGCUCACUGCAGCAACGCGUGAGCUCACUGCAGCAACGCGUGAGCUCACUGCAGCAAGGCGUGAGCUCACUGCAGCAAGGCGUGAGCUCACUGCAGCAACGCGUGAGCUCACUGCAGCAAGGCGUGAGCUCACUGCAGCAACGCGUGAGCUCACUGCAGCAAGGCGUGAGCUCACUGCAGCAAGGCGUGAGCUCACUGCAGCAAGGCGUGAGCUCACUGCAGCAAGGCGUGAGCUCACUGCAGCAAGGCGUGAGCUCACUGCAGCAAGGCGUGAGCUCACUGCAGCAACGCGUGAGCUCACUGCAGCAACGCGUGAGCUCACUGCAGCAAGGCGUGAGCUCACUGCAGCAAGGCGUGAGCUCACUGCAGCAAGGCGUGAGCUCACUGCAGCAACGCGUGAGCUCACUGCAGCAAGGCGUGAGCUCACUGCAGCAAGGCGUGAGCUCACUGCAGCAACGCGUGAGCUCACUGCAGCAAGGCGUGAGCUCACUGCAGCAACGCGUGAGCUCACUGCAGCAAGGCGUGAGCUCACUGCAGCAAGGCGUGAGCUCACUGCAGCAACGCGUGAGCUCACUGCAGCAAGGCGUGAGCUCACUGCAGCAACGCGUGAGCUCACUGCAGCAACGCGUGAGCUCACUGCAGCAAGGCGUGAGCUCACUGCAGCAAGGCGUGAGCUCACUGCAGCAAGGCGUGAGCUCACUGCAGCAACGCGUGAGCUCACUGCAGCAACGCGUGAGCUCACUGCAGCAACGCGUGAGCUCACUGCAGCAAGGCGUGAGCUCACUGCAGCAAGGCGUGAGCUCACUGCAGCAAGGCGUGAGCUCACUGCAGCAAGGCGUGAGCUCACUGCAGCAACGCGUGAGCUCACUGCAGCAACGCGUGAGCUCACUGCAGCAAGGCGUGAGCUCACUGCAGCAAGGCGUGAGCUCACUGCAGCAACGCGUGAGCUCACUGCAGCAACGCGUGAGCUCACUGCAGCAACGCGUGAGCUCACUGCAGCAAGGCGUGAGCUCACUGCAGCAACGCGUGAGCUCACUGCAGCAAGGCGUGAGCUCACUGCAGCAAGGCGUGAGCUCACUGCAGCAACGCGUGAGCUCACUGCAGCAAGGCGUGAGCUCACUGCAGCAACGCGUGAGCUCACUGCAGCAAGGCGUGAGCUCACUGCAGCAAGGCGUGAGCUCACUGCAGCAAGGCGUGAGCUCACUGCAGCAAGGCGUGAGCUCACUGCAGCAACGCGUGAGCUCACUGCAGCAAGGCGUGAGCUCACUGCAGCAAGGCGUGAGCUCACUGCAGCAAGGCGUGAGCUCACUGCAGCAAGGCGUGAGCUCACUGCAGCAAGGCGUGAGCUCACUGCAGCAACGCGUGAGCUCACUGCAGCAACGCGUGAGCUCACUGCAGCAAGGCGUGAGCUCACUGCAGCAAGGCGUGAGCUCACUGCAGCAAUGCGUGAGCUCACUGCAGCAACGCGUGAGCUCACUGCAGCAAGGCGUGAGCUCACUGCAGCAAGGCGUGAGCUCACUGCAGCAACGCGUGAGCUCACUGCAGCAAGGCGUGAGCUCACUGCAGCAACGCGUGAGCUCACUGCAGCAAGGCGUGAGCUCACUGCAGCAAGGCGUGAGCUCACUGCAGCAACGCGUGAGCUCACUGCAGCAAGGCGUGAGCUCACUGCAGCAAGGCGUGAGCUCACUGCAGCAAGGCGUGAGCUCACUGCAGCAAGGCGUGAGCUCACUGCAGCAAUGCGUGAGCUCACUGCAGCAACGCGUGAGCUCACUGCAGCAAGGCGUGAGCUCACUGCAGCAAGGCGUGAGCUCACUGCAGCAAGGCGUGAGCUCACUGCAGCAAUGCGUGAGCUCACUGCAGCAACGCGUGAGCUCACUGCAGCAAGGCGUGAGCUCACUGCAGCAAGGCGUGAGCUCACUGCAGCAACGCGUGAGCUCACUGCAGCAAGGCGUGAGCUCACUGCAGCAACGCGUGAGCUCACUGCAGCAAGGCGUGAGCUCACUGCAGCAACGCGUGAGCUCACUGCAGCAAGGCGUGAGCUCACUGCAGCAACGCGUGAGCUCACUGCAGCAACGCGUGAGCUCACUGCAGCAAGGCGUGAGCUCACUGCAGCAACGCGUGAGCUCACUGCAGCAAGGCGUGAGCUCACUGCAGCAAGGCGUGAGCUCACUGCAGCAACGCGUGAGCUCACUGCAGCAAUGCGUGAGCUCACUGCAGCAACGCGUGAGCUCACUGCAGCAAGGCGUGAGCUCACUGCAGCAAGGCGUGAGCUCACUGCAGCAAGGCGUGAGCUCACUGCAGCAAGGCGUGAGCUCACUGCAGCAACGCGUGAGCUCACUGCAGCAAGGCGUGAGCUCACUGCAGCAAUGCGUGAGCUCACUGCAGCAAUGCGUGAGCUCACUGCAGCAAGGCGUGAGCUCACUGCAGCAAGGCGUGAGCUCACUGCAGCAACGCGUGAGCUCACUGCAGCAACGCGUGAGCUCACUGCAGCAAGGCGUGAGCUCACUGCAGCAAGGCGUGAGCUCACUGCAGCAAUGCGUGAGCUCACUGCAGCAACGCGUGAGCUCACUGCAGCAAGGCGUGAGCUCACUGCAGCAAUGCGUGAGCUCACUGCAGCAACGCGUGAGCUCACUGCAGCAAGGCGUGAGCUCACUGCAGCAACGCGUGAGCUCACUGCAGCAAGGCGUGAGCUCACUGCAGCAAGGCGUGAGCUCACUGCAGCAACGCGUGAGCUCACUGCAGCAAGGCGUGAGCUCACUGCAGCAACGCGUGAGCUCACUGCAGCAACGUGUGAGCUCACUGCAGCAACGCGUGAGCUCACUGCAGCAAGGCGUGAGCUCACUGCAGCAAGGCGUGAGCUCACUGCAGCAACGCGUGAGCUCACUGCAGCAACGCGUGAGCUCACUGCAGCAACGCGUGAGCUCACUGCAGCAAGGCGUGAGCUCACUGCAGCAAGGCGUGAGCUCACUGCAGCAAGGCGUGAGCUCACUGCAGCAAGGCGUGAGCUCACUGCAGCAAGGCGUGAGCUCACUGCAGCAACGCGUGAGCUCACUGCAGCAACGCGUGAGCUCACUGCAGCAACGCGUGAGCUCACUGCAGCAACGCGUGAGCUCACUGCAGCAAGGCGUGAGCUCACUGCAGCAAGGCGUGAGCUCACUGCAGCAAGGCGUGAGCUCACUGCAGCAAGGCGUGAGCUCACUGCAGCAACGCGUGAGCUCACUGCAGCAAGGCGUGAGCUCACUGCAGCAACGCGUGAGCUCACUGCAGCAAGGCGUGAGCUCACUGCAGCAACGCGUGAGCUCACUGCAGCAAGGCGUGAGCUCACUGCAGCAAGGCGUGAGCUCACUGCAGCAAGGCGUGAGCUCACUGCAGCAAGGCGUGAGCUCACUGCAGCAAGGCGUGAGCUCACUGCAGCAAGGCGUGAGCUCACUGCAGCAACGCGUGAGCUCACUGCAGCAACGCGUGAGCUCACUGCAGCAACGCGUGAGCUCACUGCAGCAAGGCGUGAGCUCACUGCAGCAACGCGUGAGCUCACUGCAGCAAGGCGUGAGCUCACUGCAGCAAGGCGUGAGCUCACUGCAGCAAGGCGUGAGCUCACUGCAGCAACGCGUGAGCUCACUGCAGCAACGCGUGAGCUCACUGCAGCAACGCGUGAGCUCACUGCAGCAACGCGUGAGCUCACUGCAGCAACGUGUGAGCUCACUGCAGCAAGGCGUGAGCUCACUGCAGCAACGCGUGAGCUCACUGCAGCAACGCGUGAGCUCACUGCAGCAACGCGUGAGCUCACUGCAGCAAGGCGUGAGCUCACUGCAGCAACGCGUGAGCUCACUGCAGCAAGGCGUGAGCUCACUGCAGCAACGCGUGAGCUCACUGCAGCAAGGCGUGAGCUCACUGCAGCAAGGCGUGAGCUCACUGCAGCAAGGCGUGAGCUCACUGCAGCAAGGCGUGAGCUCACUGCAGCAACGCGUGAGCUCACUGCAGCAAGGCGUGAGCUCACUGCAGCAAGGCGUGAGCUCACUGCAGCAAGGCGUGAGCUCACUGCAGCAAGGCGUGAGCUCACUGCAGCAACGCGUGAGCUCACUGCAGCAAGGCGUGAGCUCACUGCAGCAACGCGUGAGCUCACUGCAGCAAGGCGUGAGCUCACUGCAGCAAGGCGUGAGCUCACUGCAGCAACGCGUGAGCUCACUGCAGCAAGGCGUGAGCUCACUGCAGCAACGCGUGAGCUCACUGCAGCAAGGCGUGAGCUCACUGCAGCAAGGCGUGAGCUCACUGCAGCAAGGCGUGAGCUCACUGCAGCAAGGCGUGAGCUCACUGCAGCAAGGCGUGAGCUCACUGCAGCAAGGCGUGAGCUCACUGCAGCAAGGCGUGAGCUCACUGCAGCAAGGCGUGAGCUCACUGCAGCAACGCGUGAGCUCACUGCAGCAAGGCGUGAGCUCACUGCAGCAAGGCGUGAGCUCACUGCAGCAACGCGUGAGCUCACUGCAGCAAGGCGUGAGCUCACUGCAGCAACGCGUGAGCUCACUGCAGCAACGCGUGAGCUCACUGCAGCAACGCGUGAGCUCACUGCAGCAAGGCGUGAGCUCACUGCAGCAAGGCGUGAGCUCACUGCAGCAAGGCGUGAGCUCACUGCAGCAACGCGUGAGCUCACUGCAGCAACGCGUGAGCUCACUGCAGCAAGGCGUGAGCUCACUGCAGCAAGGCGUGAGCUCACUGCAGCAAGGCGUGAGCUCACUGCAGCAACGCGUGAGCUCACUGCAGCAAGGCGUGAGCUCACUGCAGCAACGCGUGAGCUCACUGCAGCAAGGCGUGAGCUCACUGCAGCAACGCGUGAGCUCACUGCAGCAAGGCGUGAGCUCACUGCAGCAACGCGUGAGCUCACUGCAGCAAGGCGUGAGCUCACUGCAGCAACGCGUGAGCUCACUGCAGCAAGGCGUGAGCUCACUGCAGCAAGGCGUGAGCUCACUGCAGCAAGGCGUGAGCUCACUGCAGCAACGCGUGAGCUCACUGCAGCAACGCGUGAGCUCACUGCAGCAACGCGUGAGCUCACUGCAGCAACGCGUGAGCUCACUGCAGCAACGCGUGAGCUCACUGCAGCAAGGCGUGAGCUCACUGCAGCAACGCGUGAGCUCACUGCAGCAAGGCGUGAGCUCACUGCAGCAACGCGUGAGCUCACUGCAGCAAGGCGUGAGCUCACUGCAGCAACGCGUGAGCUCACUGCAGCAAGGCGUGAGCUCACUGCAGCAACGCGUGAGCUCACUGCAGCAAGGCGUGAGCUCACUGCAGCAAGGCGUGAGCUCACUGCAGCAAGGCGUGAGCUCACUGCAGCAAGGCGUGAGCUCACUGCAGCAACGCGUGAGCUCACUGCAGCAAGGCGUGAGCUCACUGCAGCAAGGCGUGAGCUCACUGCAGCAAGGCGUGAGCUCACUGCAGCAACGCGUGAGCUCACUGCAGCAACGCGUGAGCUCACUGCAGCAAGGCGUGAGCUCACUGCAGCAACGCGUGAGCUCACUGCAGCAAGGCGUGAGCUCACUGCAGCAAGGCGUGAGCUCACUGCAGCAAGGCGUGAGCUCACUGCAGCAAGGCGUGAGCUCACUGCAGCAAGGCGUGAGCUCACUGCAGCAAGGCGUGAGCUCACUGCAGCAAGGCGUGAGCUCACUGCAGCAACGCGUGAGCUCACUGCAGCAAGGCGUGAGCUCACUGCAGCAACGCGUGAGCUCACUGCAGCAAGGCGUGAGCUCACUGCAGCAACGCGUGAGCUCACUGCAGCAAGGCGUGAGCUCACUGCAGCAAGGCGUGAGCUCACUGCAGCAACGCGUGAGCUCACUGCAGCAACGCGUGAGCUCACUGCAGCAAGGCGUGAGCUCACUGCAGCAAGGCGUGAGCUCACUGCAGCAACGCGUGAGCUCACUGCAGCAAGGCGUGAGCUCACUGCAGCAAGGCGUGAGCUCACUGCAGCAACGCGUGAGCUCACUGCAGCAAGGCGUGAGCUCACUGCAGCAACGCGUGAGCUCACUGCAGCAACGCGUGAGCUCACUGCAGCAACGCGUGAGCUCACUGCAGCAAGGCGUGAGCUCACUGCAGCAAGGCGUGAGCUCACUGCAGCAAGGCGUGAGCUCACUGCAGCAAGGCGUGAGCUCACUGCAGCAACGCGUGAGCUCACUGCAGCAAGGCGUGAGCUCACUGCAGCAACGCGUGAGCUCACUGCAGCAAGGCGUGAGCUCACUGCAGCAACGCGUGAGCUCACUGCAGCAAGGCGUGAGCUCACUGCAGCAACGCGUGAGCUCACUGCAGCAAGGCGUGAGCUCACUGCAGCAAGGCGUGAGCUCACUGCAGCAAGGCGUGAGCUCACUGCAGCAACGCGUGAGCUCACUGCAGCAACGCGUGAGCUCACUGCAGCAACGCGUGAGCUCACUGCAGCAACGCGUGAGCUCACUGCAGCAACGCGUGAGCUCACUGCAGCAAGGCGUGAGCUCACUGCAGCAACGCGUGAGCUCACUGCAGCAAGGCGUGAGCUCACUGCAGCAACGCGUGAGCUCACUGCAGCAAGGCGUGAGCUCACUGCAGCAACGCGUGAGCUCACUGCAGCAAGGCGUGAGCUCACUGCAGCAAGGCGUGAGCUCACUGCAGCAAGGCGUGAGCUCACUGCAGCAAGGCGUGAGCUCACUGCAGCAAGGCGUGAGCUCACUGCAGCAAGGCGUGAGCUCACUGCAGCAAGGCGUGAGCUCACUGCAGCAAGGCGUGAGCUCACUGCAGCAACGCGUGAGCUCACUGCAGCAAGGCGUGAGCUCACUGCAGCAAGGCGUGAGCUCACUGCAGCAACGCGUGAGCUCACUGCAGCAAGGCGUGAGCUCACUGCAGCAACGCGUGAGCUCACUGCAGCAAGGCGUGAGCUCACUGCAGCAACGCGUGAGCUCACUGCAGCAAGGCGUGAGCUCACUGCAGCAACGCGUGAGCUCACUGCAGCAACGCGUGAGCUCACUGCAGCAACGCGUGAGCUCACUGCAGCAAGGCGUGAGCUCACUGCAGCAAGGCGUGAGCUCACUGCAGCAAGGCGUGAGCUCACUGCAGCAAGGCGUGAGCUCACUGCAGCAAGGCGUGAGCUCACUGCAGCAAGGCGUGAGCUCACUGCAGCAACGCGUGAGCUCACUGCAGCAAGGCGUGAGCUCACUGCAGCAACGCGUGAGCUCACUGCAGCAAGGCGUGAGCUCACUGCAGCAACGCGUGAGCUCACUGCAGCAAGGCGUGAGCUCACUGCAGCAAGGCGUGAGCUCACUGCAGCAAGGCGUGAGCUCACUGCAGCAAGGCGUGAGCUCACUGCAGCAAGGCGUGAGCUCACUGCAGCAAGGCGUGAGCUCACUGCAGCAACGCGUGAGCUCACUGCAGCAAGGCGUGAGCUCACUGCAGCAAGGCGUGAGCUCACUGCAGCAAGGCGUGAGCUCACUGCAGCAAGGCGUGAGCUCACUGCAGCAACGCGUGAGCUCACUGCAGCAAGGCGUGAGCUCACUGCAGCAAGGCGUGAGCUCACUGCAGCAACGCGUGAGCUCACUGCAGCAAGGCGUGAGCUCACUGCAGCAACGCGUGAGCUCACUGCAGCAAGGCGUGAGCUCACUGCAGCAACGCGUGAGCUCACUGCAGCAAGGCGUGAGCUCACUGCAGCAACGCGUGAGCUCACUGCAGCAACGCGUGAGCUCACUGCAGCAAGGCGUGAGCUCACUGCAGCAACGCGUGAGCUCACUGCAGCAAGGCGUGAGCUCACUGCAGCAAGGCGUGAGCUCACUGCAGCAAGGCGUGAGCUCACUGCAGCAAGGCGUGAGCUCACUGCAGCAACGCGUGAGCUCACUGCAGCAAGGCGUGAGCUCACUGCAGCAAGGCGUGAGCUCACUGCAGCAACGCGUGAGCUCACUGCAGCAAGGCGUGAGCUCACUGCAGCAACGCGUGAGCUCACUGCAGCAAGGCGUGAGCUCACUGCAGCAACGCGUGAGCUCACUGCAGCAAGGCGUGAGCUCACUGCAGCAACGCGUGAGCUCACUGCAGCAAGGCGUGAGCUCACUGCAGCAACGCGUGAGCUCACUGCAGCAACGCGUGAGCUCACUGCAGCAAGGCGUGAGCUCACUGCAGCAACGCGUGAGCUCACUGCAGCAAGGCGUGAGCUCACUGCAGCAAGGCGUGAGCUCACUGCAGCAACGCGUGAGCUCACUGCAGCAAGGCGUGAGCUCACUGCAGCAACGCGUGAGCUCACUGCAGCAACGCGUGAGCUCACUGCAGCAAGGCGUGAGCUCACUGCAGCAACGCGUGAGCUCACUGCAGCAAGGCGUGAGCUCACUGCAGCAAGGCGUGAGCUCACUGCAGCAAGGCGUGAGCUCACUGCAGCAAGGCGUGAGCUCACUGCAGCAACGCGUGAGCUCACUGCAGCAAGGCGUGAGCUCACUGCAGCAACGCGUGAGCUCACUGCAGCAAGGCGUGAGCUCACUGCAGCAAGGCGUGAGCUCACUGCAGCAACGCGUGAGCUCACUGCAGCAAGGCGUGAGCUCACUGCAGCAACGCGUGAGCUCACUGCAGCAAGGCGUGAGCUCACUGCAGCAAGGCGUGAGCUCACUGCAGCAAGGCGUGAGCUCACUGCAGCAAGGCGUGAGCUCACUGCAGCAACGCGUGAGCUCACUGCAGCAACGCGUGAGCUCACUGCAGCAAGGCGUGAGCUCACUGCAGCAAGGCGUGAGCUCACUGCAGCAAGGCGUGAGCUCACUGCAGCAAGGCGUGAGCUCACUGCAGCAACGCGUGAGCUCACUGCAGCAAGGCGUGAGCUCACUGCAGCAAGGCGUGAGCUCACUGCAGCAACGCGUGAGCUCACUGCAGCAAGGCGUGAGCUCACUGCAGCAACGCGUGAGCUCACUGCAGCAAGGCGUGAGCUCACUGCAGCAACGCGUGAGCUCACUGCAGCAAGGCGUGAGCUCACUGCAGCAACGCGUGAGCUCACUGCAGCAACGCGUGAGCUCACUGCAGCAAGGCGUGAGCUCACUGCAGCAAGGCGUGAGCUCACUGCAGCAAGGCGUGAGCUCACUGCAGCAACGCGUGAGCUCACUGCAGCAAGGCGUGAGCUCACUGCAGCAAGGCGUGAGCUCACUGCAGCAAGGCGUGAGCUCACUGCAGCAAGGCGUGAGCUCACUGCAGCAAGGCGUGAGCUCACUGCAGCAAGGCGUGAGCUCACUGCAGCAAGGCGUGAGCUCACUGCAGCAAGGCGUGAGCUCACUGCAGCAACGCGUGAGCUCACUGCAGCAAGGCGUGAGCUCACUGCAGCAAGGCGUGAGCUCACUGCAGCAACGCGUGAGCUCACUGCAGCAACGCGUGAGCUCACUGCAGCAAGGUGUGAGCUCACUGCAGCAACGCGUGAGCUCACUGCAGCAAGGCGUGAGCUCACUGCAGCAAGGCGUGAGCUCACUGCAGCAACGCGUGAGCUCACUGCAGCAAGGCGUGAGCUCACUGCAGCAACGCGUGAGCUCACUGCAGCAACGCGUGAGCUCACUGCAGCAAGGCGUGAGCUCACUGCAGCAAGGCGUGAGCUCACUGCAGCAAGGCGUGAGCUCACUGCAGCAACGCGUGAGCUCACUGCAGCAAGGCGUGAGCUCACUGCAGCAACGCGUGAGCUCACUGCAGCAAGGCGUGAGCUCACUGCAGCAAGGCGUGAGCUCACUGCAGCAAGGCCAAGGCGUGAGCUCACUGCAGCAAGGCGUGAGCUCACUGCAGCAAGGCGUGAGCUCACUGCAGCAAGGCGUGAGCUCACUGCAGCAAGGCGUGAGCUCACUGCAGCAAGGCGUGAGCUCACUGCAGCAACAAGUGAGCUCACUGCAGCAAGGCGUGAGCUCACUGCAGCAAGGCGUGAGCUCACUGCAGCAAGGCGUGAGCUCACUGCAGCAACGCGUGAGCUCACUGCAGCAACGCGUGAGCUCACUGCAGCAACGCGUGAGCUCACUGCAGCAAGGCGUGAGCUCACUGCAGCAAGGCGUGAGCUCACUGCAGCAAGGCGUGAGCUCACUGCAGCAAGGCGUGAGCUCACUGCAGCAAGGCGUGAGCUCACUGCAGCAAGGCGUGAGCUCACUGCAGCAAGGCGUGAGCUCACUGCAGCAAGGCGUGAGCUCACUGCAGCAAGGCGUGAGCUCACUGCAGCAAGGCGUGAGCUCACUGCAGCAAGGCGUGAGCUCACUGCAGCAAGGCGUGAGCUCACUGCAGCAAGGCGUGAGCUCACUGCAGCAACGCGUGAGCUCACUGCAGCAAGGCGUGAGCUCACUGCAGCAAGGCGUGAGCUCACUGCAGCAAGGCGUGAGCUCACUGCAGCAACGCGUGAGCUCACUGCAGCAACGCGUGAGCUCACUGCAGCAAGGCGUGAGCUCACUGCAGCAAGGCGUGAGCUCACUGCAGCAACGCGUGAGCUCACUGCAGCAAGGCGUGAGCUCACUGCAGCAAGGCGUGAGCUCACUGCAGCAAGGCGUGAGCUCACUGCAGCAAGGCGUGAGCUCACUGCAGCAACGCGUGAGCUCACUGCAGCAACGCGUGAGCUCACUGCAGCAAGGCGUGAGCUCACUGCAGCAAGGCGUGAGCUCACUGCAGCAAGGCGUGAGCUCACUGCAGCAAGGCGUGAGCUCACUGCAGCAAGGCGUGAGCUCACUGCAGCAACGCGUGAGCUCACUGCAGCAAGGCGUGAGCUCACUGCAGCAAGGCGUGAGCUCACUGCAGCAAGGCGUGAGCUCACUGCAGCAAGGCGUGAGCUCACUGCAGCAAGGCGUGAGCUCACUGCAGCAAGGCGUGAGCUCACUGCAGCAAGGCGUGAGCUCACUGCAGCAACGCGUGAGCUCACUGCAGCAAGGCGUGAGCUCACUGCAGCAAGGCGUGAGCUCACUGCAGCAACGCGUGAGCUCACUGCAGCAAGGCGUGAGCUCACUGCAGCAACGCGUGAGCUCACUGCAGCAAGGCGUGAGCUCACUGCAGCAAGGCGUGAGCUCACUGCAGCAAGGCGUGAGCUCACUGCAGCAAGGCGUGAGCUCACUGCAGCAACGCGUGAGCUCACUGCAGCAAGGCGUGAGCUCACUGCAGCAAGGCGUGAGCUCACUGCAGCAAGGCGUGAGCUCACUGCAGCAAGGCGUGAGCUCACUGCAGCAAGGCGUGAGCUCACUGCAGCAAGGCGUGAGCUCACUGCAGCAAGGCGUGAGCUCACUGCAGCAAGGCGUGAGCUCACUGCAGCAAGGCGUGAGCUCACUGCAGCAACGCGUGAGCUCACUGCAGCAAGGCGUGAGCUCACUGCAGCAACGCGUGAGCUCACUGCAGCAAGGCGUGAGCUCACUGCAGCAAGGCGUGAGCUCACUGCAGCAAGGCAUGAGCUCACUGCAGCAAGGCGUGAGCUCACUGCAGCAAGGCGUGAGCUCACUGCAGCAACGCGUGAGCUCACUGCAGCAAGGCGUGAGCUCACUGCAGCAACGCGUGAGCUCACUGCAGCAAGGCGUGAGCUCACUGCAGCAACGCGUGAGCUCACUGCAGCAACGCGUGAGCUCACUGCAGCAAGGCGUGAGCUCACUGCAGCAAGGCGUGAGCUCACUGCAGCAAGGCGUGAGCUCACUGCAGCAAGGCGUGAGCUCACUGCAGCAACGCGUGAGCUCACUGCAGCAAGGCGUGAGCUCACUGCAGCAAGGCGUGAGCUCACUGCAGCAAGGCGUGAGCUCACUGCAGCAAGGCGUGAGCUCACUGCAGCAAGGCGUGAGCUCACUGCAGCAAGGCGUGAGCUCACUGCAGCAACGCGUGAGCUCACUGCAGCAAGGCGUGAGCUCACUGCAGCAACGCGUGAGCUCACUGCAGCAAGGCGUGAGCUCACUGCAGCAACGCGUGAGCUCACUGCAGCAACGCGUGAGCUCACUGCAGCAAGGCGUGAGCUCACUGCAGCAACGCGUGAGCUCACUGCAGCAAGGCGUGAGCUCACUGCAGCAAGGCGUGAGCUCACUGCAGCAACGCGUGAGCUCACUGCAGCAAGGCGUGAGCUCACUGCAGCAACGCGUGAGCUCACUGCAGCAAGGCGUGAGCUCACUGCAGCAAGGCGUGAGCUCACUGCAGCAAGGCGUGAGCUCACUGCAGCAACGCGUGAGCUCACUGCAGCAACGCGUGAGCUCACUGCAGCAACGCGUGAGCUCACUGCAGCAACGCGUGAGCUCACUGCAGCAACGCGUGAGCUCACUGCAGCAACGCGUGAGCUCACUGCAGCAAGGCGUGAGCUCACUGCAGCAACGCGUGAGCUCACUGCAGCAAGGCGUGAGCUCACUGCAGCAAGGCGUGAGCUCACUGCAGCAAGGCGUGAGCUCACUGCAGCAAGGCGUGAGCUCACUGCAGCAACGCGUGAGCUCACUGCAGCAAGGCGUGAGCUCACUGCAGCAAGGCGUGAGCUCACUGCAGCAAGGCGUGAGCUCACUGCAGCAAGGCGUGAGCUCACUGCAGCAACGCGUGAGCUCACUGCAGCAAGGCGUGAGCUCACUGCAGCAACGCGUGAGCUCACUGCAGCAAGGCGUGAGCUCACUGCAGCAAGGCGUGAGCUCACUGCAGCAACGCGUGAGCUCACUGCAGCAAGGCGUGAGCUCACUGCAGCAACGCGUGAGCUCACUGCAGCAAGGCGUGAGCUCACUGCAGCAAGGCGUGAGCUCACUGCAGCAAGGCGUGAGCUCACUGCAGCAAGGCGUGAGCUCACUGCAGCAAGGCGUGAGCUCACUGCAGCAACGCGUGAGCUCACUGCAGCAAGGCGUGAGCUCACUGCAGCAAGGCGUGAGCUCACUGCAGCAAGGCGUGAGCUCACUGCAGCAACGCGUGAGCUCACUGCAGCAACGCGUGAGCUCACUGCAGCAAGGCGUGAGCUCACUGCAGCAAGGCGUGAGCUCACUGCAGCAACGCGUGAGCUCACUGCAGCAAGGCGUGAGCUCACUGCAGCAACGCGUGAGCUCACUGCAGCAACGCGUGAGCUCACUGCAGCAAGGCGUGAGCUCACUGCAGCAAGGCGUGAGCUCACUGCAGCAACGCGUGAGCUCACUGCAGCAACGCGUGAGCUCACUGCAGCAAGGCGUGAGCUCACUGCAGCAAGGCGUGAGCUCACUGCAGCAACGCGUGAGCUCACUGCAGCAAGGCGUGAGCUCACUGCAGCAAGGCGUGAGCUCACUGCAGCAAGGCGUGAGCUCACUGCAGCAAGGCGUGAGCUCACUGCAGCAAGGCGUGAGCUCACUGCAGCAAGGCGUGAGCUCACUGCAGCAACGCGUGAGCUCACUGCAGCAACGCGUGAGCUCACUGCAGCAACGCGUGAGCUCACUGCAGCAAGGCGUGAGCUCACUGCAGCAAGGCGUGAGCUCACUGCAGCAACGCGUGAGCUCACUGCAGCAACGCGUGAGCUCACUGCAGCAAGGCGUGAGCUCACUGCAGCAAGGCGUGAGCUCACUGCAGCAAGGCGUGAGCUCACUGCAGCAAGGCGUGAGCUCACUGCAGCAAGGCGUGAGCUCACUGCAGCAACGCGUGAGCUCACUGCAGCAAGGCGUGAGCUCACUGCAGCAAGGCGUGAGCUCACUGCAGCAAGGCGUGAGCUCACUGCAGCAACGCGUGAGCUCACUGCAGCAACGCGUGAGCUCACUGCAGCAACGCGUGAGCUCACUGCAGCAACAAGUGAGCUCACUGCAGCAACGCGUGAGCUCACUGCAGCAAGGCGUGAGCUCACUGCAGCAACGCGUGAGCUCACUGCAGCAAGGCGUGAGCUCACUGCAGCAAGGCGUGAGCUCACUGCAGCAACGCGUGAGCUCACUGCAGCAAGGCGUGAGCUCACUGCAGCAAGGCGUGAGCUCACUGCAGCAAGGCGUGAGCUCACUGCAGCAAGGCGUGAGCUCACUGCAGCAACGCGUGAGCUCACUGCAGCAAGGCGUGAGCUCACUGCAGCAAGGCGUGAGCUCACUGCAGCAAGGCGUGAGCUCACUGCAGCAAGGCGUGAGCUCACUGCAGCAAGGCGUGAGCUCACUGCAGCAACGCGUGAGCUCACUGCAGCAACGCGUGAGCUCACUGCAGCAAGGCGUGAGCUCACUGCAGCAAGGCGUGAGCUCACUGCAGCAAGGCGUGAGCUCACUGCAGCAACGCGUGAGCUCACUGCAGCAAGGCGUGAGCUCACUGCAGCAAGGCGUGAGCUCACUGCAGCAACGCGUGAGCUCACUGCAGCAAGGCGUGAGCUCACUGCAGCAACGCGUGAGCUCACUGCAGCAAGGCGUGAGCUCACUGCAGCAAGGCGUGAGCUCACUGCAGCAACGCGUGAGCUCACUGCAGCAAGGCGUGAGCUCACUGCAGCAAGGCGUGAGCUCACUGCAGCAAGGCGUGAGCUCACUGCAGCAAGGCGUGAGCUCACUGCAGCAAGGCGUGAGCUCACUGCAGCAACGCGUGAGCUCACUGCAGCAAGGCGUGAGCUCACUGCAGCAAGGCGUGAGCUCACUGCAGCAAGGCGUGAGCUCACUGCAGCAAGGCGUGAGCUCACUGCAGCAACGCGUGAGCUCACUGCAGCAAGGCGUGAGCUCACUGCAGCAAGGCGUGAGCUCACUGCAGCAAGGCGUGAGCUCACUGCAGCAAGGCGUGAGCUCACUGCAGCAAGGCGUGAGCUCACUGCAGCAAGGCGUGAGCUCACUGCAGCAACGCGUGAGCUCACUGCAGCAAGGCGUGAGCUCACUGCAGCAACGCGUGAGCUCACUGCAGCAACGCGUGAGCUCACUGCAGCAACGCGUGAGCUCACUGCAGCAAGGCGUGAGCUCACUGCAGCAAGGCGUGAGCUCACUGCAGCAAGGCGUGAGCUCACUGCAGCAACGCGUGAGCUCACUGCAGCAAGGCGUGAGCUCACUGCAGCAAGGCGUGAGCUCACUGCAGCAACGCGUGAGCUCACUGCAGCAAGGCGUGAGCUCACUGCAGCAAGGCGUGAGCUCACUGCAGCAAGGCGUGAGCUCACUGCAGCAACGCGUGAGCUCACUGCAGCAAGGCGUGAGCUCACUGCAGCAAGGCGUGAGCUCACUGCAGCAAGGCGUGAGCUCACUGCAGCAAGGCGUGAGCUCACUGCAGCAAGGCGUGAGCUCACUGCAGCAAGGCGUGAGCUCACUGCAGCAACGCGUGAGCUCACUGCAGCAAGGCGUGAGCUCACUGCAGCAAGGCGUGAGCUCACUGCAGCAAGGCGUGAGCUCACUGCAGCAAGGCGUGAGCUCACUGCAGCAAGGCGUGAGCUCACUGCAGCAAGGCGUGAGCUCACUGCAGCAAGGCGUGAGCUCACUGCAGCAACGCGUGAGCUCACUGCAGCAAGGCGUGAGCUCACUGCAGCAAGGCGUGAGCUCACUGCAGCAAGGCGUGAGCUCACUGCAGCAAGGCGUGAGCUCACUGCAGCAAGGCGUGAGCUCACUGCAGCAAGGCGUGAGCUCACUGCAGCAACGCGUGAGCUCACUGCAGCAACGCGUGAGCUCACUGCAGCAACGCGUGAGCUCACUGCAGCAAGGCGUGAGCUCACUGCAGCAACGCGUGAGCUCACUGCAGCAACGCGUGAGCUCACUGCAGCAAGGCGUGAGCUCACUGCAGCAACGCGUGAGCUCACUGCAGCAAGGCGUGAGCUCACUGCAGCAAGGCGUGAGCUCACUGCAGCAAGGCGUGAGCUCACUGCAGCAAGGCGUGAGCUCACUGCAGCAAGGCGUGAGCUCACUGCAGCAAGGCGUGAGCUCACUGCAGCAAGGCGUGAGCUCACUGCAGCAAGGCGUGAGCUCACUGCAGCAAGGCGUGAGCUCACUGCAGCAAGGCGUGAGCUCACUGCAGCAAGGCGUGAGCUCACUGCAGCAAGGCGUGAGCUCACUGCAGCAACGCGUGAGCUCACUGCAGCAAGGCGUGAGCUCACUGCAGCAAGGCGUGAGCUCACUGCAGCAAGGCGUGAGCUCACUGCAGCAAGGCGUGAGCUCACUGCAGCAACGCGUGAGCUCACUGCAGCAAGGCGUGAGCUCACUGCAGCAACGCGUGAGCUCACUGCAGCAACGCGUGAGCUCACUGCAGCAAGGCGUGAGCUCACUGCAGCAAGGCGUGAGCUCACUGCAGCAAGGCGUGAGCUCACUGCAGCAAGGCGUGAGCUCACUGCAGCAAGGCGUGAGCUCACUGCAGCAAGGCGUGAGCUCACUGCAGCAAGGCGUGAGCUCACUGCAGCAAGGCGUGAGCUCACUGCAGCAAGGCGUGAGCUCACUGCAGCAAGGCGUGAGCUCACUGCAGCAAGGCGUGAGCUCACUGCAGCAAGGCGUGAGCUCACUGCAGCAACGCGUGAGCUCACUGCAGCAAGGCGUGAGCUCACUGCAGCAAGGCGUGAGCUCACUGCAGCAACGCGUGAGCUCACUGCAGCAAGGCGUGAGCUCACUGCAGCAAGGCGUGAGCUCACUGCAGCAAGGCGUGAGCUCACUGCAGCAAGGCGUGAGCUCACUGCAGCAACGCGUGAGCUCACUGCAGCAAGGCGUGAGCUCACUGCAGCAACGCGUGAGCUCACUGCAGCAACGCGUGAGCUCACUGCAGCAAGGCGUGAGCUCACUGCAGCAAGGCGUGAGCUCACUGCAGCAAGGCGUGAGCUCACUGCAGCAACGCGUGAGCUCACUGCAGCAACGCGUGAGCUCACUGCAGCAAGGCGUGAGCUCACUGCAGCAAGGCGUGAGCUCACUGCAGCAAGGCGUGAGCUCACUGCAGCAAGGCGUGAGCUCACUGCAGCAAGGCGUGAGCUCACUGCAGCAACGCGUGAGCUCACUGCAGCAAGGCGUGAGCUCACUGCAGCAAGGCGUGAGCUCACUGCAGCAAGGCGUGAGCUCACUGCAGCAAGGCGUGAGCUCACUGCAGCAAGGCGUGAGCUCACUGCAGCAAGGCGUGAGCUCACUGCAGCAACGCGUGAGCUCACUGCAGCAAGGCGUGAGCUCACUGCAGCAAGGCGUGAGCUCACUGCAGCAAGGCGUGAGCUCACUGCAGCAACGCGUGAGCUCACUGCAGCAACGCGUGAGCUCACUGCAGCAAGGCGUGAGCUCACUGCAGCAAGGCGUGAGCUCACUGCAGCAAGGCGUGAGCUCACUGCAGCAAGGCGUGAGCUCACUGCAGCAAGGCGUGAGCUCACUGCAGCAACGCGUGAGCUCACUGCAGCAAGGCGUGAGCUCACUGCAGCAAGGCGUGAGCUCACUGCAGCAAGGCGUGAGCUCACUGCAGCAACGCGUGAGCUCACUGCAGCAAGGCGUGAGCUCACUGCAGCAAGGCGUGAGCUCACUGCAGCAAGGCGUGAGCUCACUGCAGCAAGGCGUGAGCUCACUGCAGCAACGCGUGAGCUCACUGCAGCAAGGCGUGAGCUCACUGCAGCAACGCGUGAGCUCACUGCAGCAAGGCGUGAGCUCACUGCAGCAAGGCGUGAGCUCACUGCAGCAAGGCGUGAGCUCACUGCAGCAAGGCGUGAGCUCACUGCAGCAAGGCGUGAGCUCACUGCAGCAAGGCGUGAGCUCACUGCAGCAACACGUGAGCUCACUGCAGCAACGCGUGAGCUCACUGCAGCAAGGCGUGAGCUCACUGCAGCAACGCGUGAGCUCACUGCAGCAACGUGUGAGCUCACUGCAGCAACGCGUGAGCUCACUGCAGCAAGGCGUGAGCUCACUGCAGCAAGGCGUGAGCUCACUGCAGCAAGGCGUGAGCUCACUGCAGCAACGCGUGAGCUCACUGCAGCAGCAAGCGUGAGCUCACUGCAGCAAGGCGUGAGCUCACUGCAGCAAGGCGUGAGCUCACUGCAGCAAGGCGUGAGCUCACUGCAGCAAGGCGUGAGCUCACUGCAGCAAGGCGUGAGCUCACUGCAGCAAGGCGUGAGCUCACUGCAGCAACGCGUGAGCUCACUGCAGCAACGCGUGAGCUCACUGCAGCAAGGCGUGAGCUCACUGCAGCAAGGCGUGAGCUCACUGCAGCAAGGCGUGAGCUCACUGCAGCAAGGCGUGAGCUCACUGCAGCAACGCGUGAGCUCACUGCAGCAAGGCGUGAGCUCACUGCAGCAACGCGUGAGCUCACUGCAGCAACGCGUGAGCUCACUGCAGCAACGCGUGAGCUCACUGCAGCAAGGCGUGAGCUCACUGCAGCAACGCGUGAGCUCACUGCAGCAACGCGUGAGCUCACUGCAGCAAGGCGUGAGCUCACUGCAGCAAGGCGUGAGCUCACUGCAGCAACGCGUGAGCUCACUGCAGCAAGGCGUGAGCUCACUGCAGCAACGCGUGAGCUCACUGCAGCAAGGCGUGAGCUCACUGCAGCAAGGCGUGAGCUCACUGCAGCAAGGCGUGAGCUCACUGCAGCAAGGCGUGAGCUCACUGCAGCAAGGCGUGAGCUCACUGCAGCAAGGCGUGAGCUCACUGCAGCAAGGCGUGAGCUCACUGCAGCAAGGCGUGAGCUCACUGCAGCAAGGCGUGAGCUCACUGCAGCAAGGCGUGAGCUCACUGCAGCAACGCGUGAGCUCACUGCAGCAAGGCGUGAGCUCACUGCAGCAAGGCGUGAGCUCACUGCAGCAACGCGUGAGCUCACUGCAGCAAGGCGUGAGCUCACUGCAGCAACGCGUGAGCUCACUGCAGCAAGGCGUGAGCUCACUGCAGCAACGCGUGAGCUCACUGCAGCAAGGCGUGAGCUCACUGCAGCAAGGCGUGAGCUCACUGCAGCAACGCGUGAGCUCACUGCAGCAAGGUGUGAGCUCACUGCAGCAAGGCGUGAGCUCACUGCAGCAAGGCGUGAGCUCACUGCAGCAACGCGUGAGCUCACUGCAGCAAGGCGUGAGCUCACUGCAGCAACGCGUGAGCUCACUGCAGCAAGGCGUGAGCUCACUGCAGCAAGGCGUGAGCUCACUGCAGCAAGGCGUGAGCUCACUGCAGCAAGGCGUGAGCUCACUGCAGCAAGGCGUGAGCUCACUGCAGCAAGGCGUGAGCUCACUGCAGCAACGCGUGAGCUCACUGCAGCAAGGCGUGAGCUCACUGCAGCAAGGCGUGAGCUCACUGCAGCAAGGCGUGAGCUCACUGCAGCAAGGCGUGAGCUCACUGCAGCAACGCGUGAGCUCACUGCAGCAAGGCGUGAGCUCACUGCAGCAAGGCGUGAGCUCACUGCAGCAACGCGUGAGCUCACUGCAGCAAGGCGUGAGCUCACUGCAGCAACGCGUGAGCUCACUGCAGCAAGGCGUGAGCUCACUGCAGCAACGCGUGAGCUCACUGCAGCAACGCGUGAGCUCACUGCAGCAAGGCGUGAGCUCACUGCAGCAAGGCGUGAGCUCACUGCAGCAAGGCGUGAGCUCACUGCAGCAACGCGUGAGCUCACUGCAGCAAGGCGUGAGCUCACUGCAGCAAGGCGUGAGCUCACUGCAGCAACGCGUGAGCUCACUGCAGCAAGGCGUGAGCUCACUGCAGCAACGCGUGAGCUCACUGCAGCAAGGCGUGAGCUCACUGCAGCAAGGCGUGAGCUCACUGCAGCAAGGCGUGAGCUCACUGCAGCAAGGCGUGAGCUCACUGCAGCAACGCGUGAGCUCACUGCAGCAAGGCGUGAGCUCACUGCAGCAAGGCGUGAGCUCACUGCAGCAAGGCGUGAGCUCACUGCAGCAAGGCGUGAGCUCACUGCAGCAAGGCGUGAGCUCACUGCAGCAACGCGUGAGCUCACUGCAGCAACGCGUGAGCUCACUGCAGCAAGGCGUGAGCUCACUGCAGCAAGGCGUGAGCUCACUGCAGCAAGGCGUGAGCUCACUGCAGCAACGCGUGAGCUCACUGCAGCAACGCGUGAGCUCACUGCAGCAAGGCGUGAGCUCACUGCAGCAACGCGUGAGCUCACUGCAGCAAGGCCUCACUGCAGCAACGCGUGAGCUCACUGCAGCAAGGCGUGAGCUCACUGCAGCAAGGCGUGAGCUCACUGCAGCAAGGCGUGAGCUCACUGCAGCAACGCGUGAGCUCACUGCAGCAAGGCGUGAGCUCACUGCAGCAACGCGUGAGCUCACUGCAGCAAGGCGUGAGCUCACUGCAGCAAGGCGUGAGCUCACUGCAGCAAGGCGUGAGCUCACUGCAGCAAGGCGUGAGCUCACUGCAGCAACGCGUGAGCUCACUGCAGCAAGGCGUGAGCUCACUGCAGCAAGGCGUGAGCUCACUGCAGCAACGCGUGAGCUCACUGCAGCAAGGCGUGAGCUCACUGCAGCAACGCGUGAGCUCACUGCAGCAAGGCGUGAGCUCACUGCAGCAACGCGUGAGCUCACUGCAGCAAGGCGUGAGCUCACUGCAGCAACGCGUGAGCUCACUGCAGCAAGGCGUGAGCUCACUGCAGCAAGGCGUGAGCUCACUGCAGCAAGGCGUGAGCUCACUGCAGCAAGGCGUGAGCUCACUGCAGCAAGGCGUGAGCUCACUGCAGCAACGCGUGAGCUCACUGCAGCAAGGCGUGAGCUCACUGCAGCAACGCGUGAGCUCACUGCAGCAAGGCGUGAGCUCACUGCAGCAAGGCGUGAGCUCACUGCAGCAAGGCGUGAGCUCACUGCAGCAAGGCGUGAGCUCACUGCAGCAACGCGUGAGCUCACUGCAGCAAGGCGUGAGCUCACUGCAGCAAGGCGUGAGCUCACUGCAGCAAGGCGUGAGCUCACUGCAGCAAGGCGUGAGCUCACUGCAGCAAGGCGUGAGCUCACUGCAGCAAGGCGUGAGCUCACUGCAGCAAGGCGUGAGCUCACUGCAGCAAGGCGUGAGCUCACUGCAGCAACGCGUGAGCUCACUGCAGCAAGGCGUGAGCUCACUGCAGCAAGGCGUGAGCUCACUGCAGCAAGGCGUGAGCUCACUGCAGCAAGGCGUGAGCUCACUGCAGCAAGGCGUGAGCUCACUGCAGCAACGCGUGAGCUCACUGCAGCAAGGCGUGAGCUCACUGCAGCAAGGCGUGAGCUCACUGCAGCAAGGCGUGAGCUCACUGCAGCAAGGCGUGAGCUCACUGCAGCAACGCGUGAGCUCACUGCAGCAAGGCGUGAGCUCACUGCAGCAAGGCGUGAGCUCACUGCAGCAACGCGUGAGCUCACUGCAGCAAGGCGUGAGCUCACUGCAGCAACGCGUGAGCUCACUGCAGCAAGGCGUGAGCUCACUGCAGCAAGGCGUGAGCUCACUGCAGCAACGCGUGAGCUCACUGCAGCAAGGCGUGAGCUCACUGCAGCAAGGCGUGAGCUCACUGCAGCAAGGCGUGAGCUCACUGCAGCAAGGCGUGAGCUCACUGCAGCAAGGCGUGAGCUCACUGCAGCAACGCGUGAGCUCACUGCAGCAAGGCGUGAGCUCACUGCAGCAAGGCGUGAGCUCACUGCAGCAAGGCGUGAGCUCACUGCAGCAAGGCGUGAGCUCACUGCAGCAACGCGUGAGCUCACUGCAGCAAGGCGUGAGCUCACUGCAGCAAGGCGUGAGCUCACUGCAGCAACGCGUGAGCUCACUGCAGCAAGGCGUGAGCUCACUGCAGCAACGCGUGAGCUCACUGCAGCAAGGCGUGAGCUCACUGCAGCAAGGCGUGAGCUCACUGCAGCAACGCGUGAGCUCACUGCAGCAACGCGUGAGCUCACUGCAGCAACGCGUGAGCUCACUGCAGCAAGGCGUGAGCUCACUGCAGCAAGGCGUGAGCUCACUGCAGCAAGGCGUGAGCUCACUGCAGCAAGGCGUGAGCUCACUGCAGCAACGCGUGAGCUCACUGCAGCAAGGCGUGAGCUCACUGCAGCAAGGCGUGAGCUCACUGCAGCAAGGCGUGAGCUCACUGCAGCAAGGCGUGAGCUCACUGCAGCAAGGCGUGAGCUCACUGCAGCAAGGCGUGAGCUCACUGCAGCAACGCGUGAGCUCACUGCAGCAAGGCGUGAGCUCACUGCAGCAACGCGUGAGCUCACUGCAGCAAGGCGUGAGCUCACUGCAGCAAGGCGUGAGCUCACUGCAGCAAGGCGUGAGCUCACUGCAGCAAGGCGUGAGCUCACUGCAGCAACGCGUGAGCUCACUGCAGCAAGGCGUGAGCUCACUGCAGCAAGGCGUGAGCUCACUGCAGCAAGGCGUGAGCUCACUGCAGCAACGCGUGAGCUCACUGCAGCAAGGCGUGAGCUCACUGCAGCAACGCGUGAGCUCACUGCAGCAACGCGUGAGCUCACUGCAGCAAGGCGUGAGCUCACUGCAGCAAGGCGUGAGCUCACUGCAGCAAGGCGUGAGCUCACUGCAGCAAGGCGUGAGCUCACUGCAGCAACGCGUGAGCUCACUGCAGCAAGGCGUGAGCUCACUGCAGCAACGCGUGAGCUCACUGCAGCAACGUGUGAGCUCACUGCAGCAACGCGUGAGCUCACUGCAGCAAGGCGUGAGCUCACUGCAGCAAGGCGUGAGCUCACUGCAGCAACGCGUGAGCUCACUGCAGCAACGCGUGAGCUCACUGCAGCAACGCGUGAGCUCACUGCAGCAAGGCGUGAGCUCACUGCAGCAAGGCGUGAGCUCACUGCAGCAAGGCGUGAGCUCACUGCAGCAAGGCGUGAGCUCACUGCAGCAACGCGUGAGCUCACUGCAGCAAGGCGUGAGCUCACUGCAGCAACGCGUGAGCUCACUGCAGCAACGCGUGAGCUCACUGCAGCAAGGCGUGAGCUCACUGCAGCAAGGCGUGAGCUCACUGCAGCAAGGCGUGAGCUCACUGCAGCAAGGCGUGAGCUCACUGCAGCAACGCGUGAGCUCACUGCAGCAAGGCGUGAGCUCACUGCAGCAACGCGUGAGCUCACUGCAGCAAGGCGUGAGCUCACUGCAGCAACGCGUGAGCUCACUGCAGCAAGGCGUGAGCUCACUGCAGCAACGCGUGAGCUCACUGCAGCAAGGCGUGAGCUCACUGCAGCAAGGCGUGAGCUCACUGCAGCAAGGCGUGAGCUCACUGCAGCAAGGCGUGAGCUCACUGCAGCAAGGCGUGAGCUCACUGCAGCAAGGCGUGAGCUCACUGCAGCAACGCGUGAGCUCACUGCAGCAAGGCGUGAGCUCACUGCAGCAAGGCGUGAGCUCACUGCAGCAACGCGUGAGCUCACUGCAGCAAGGCGUGAGCUCACUGCAGCAAGGCGUGAGCUCACUGCAGCAAGGCGUGAGCUCACUGCAGCAACGCGUGAGCUCACUGCAGCAAGGCGUGAGCUCACUGCAGCAAGGCGUGAGCUCACUGCAGCAAGGCGUGAGCUCACUGCAGCAAGGCGUGAGCUCACUGCAGCAACGCGUGAGCUCACUGCAGCAAGGCGUGAGCUCACUGCAGCAACGCGUGAGCUCACUGCAGCAACGCGUGAGCUCACUGCAGCAAGGCGUGAGCUCACUGCAGCAACGCGUGAGCUCACUGCAGCAAGGCGUGAGCUCACUGCAGCAACGCGUGAGCUCACUGCAGCAAGGCGUGAGCUCACUGCAGCAAGGCGUGAGCUCACUGCAGCAAGGCGUGAGCUCACUGCAGCAAGGCGUGAGCUCACUGCAGCAACGCGUGAGCUCACUGCAGCAAGGCGUGAGCUCACUGCAGCAACGCGUGAGCUCACUGCAGCAACGCGUGAGCUCACUGCAGCAAGGCGUGAGCUCACUGCAGCAACGCGUGAGCUCACUGCAGCAAGGCGUGAGCUCACUGCAGCAACGCGUGAGCUCACUGCAGCAAGGCGUGAGCUCACUGCAGCAAGGCGUGAGCUCACUGCAGCAACGCGUGAGCUCACUGCAGCAAGGCGUGAGCUCACUGCAGCAACGCGUGAGCUCACUGCAGCAAGGCGUGAGCUCACUGCAGCAAGGCGUGAGCUCACUGCAGCAAGGCGUGAGCUCACUGCAGCAAGGCGUGAGCUCACUGCAGCAACGCGUGAGCUCACUGCAGCAAGGCGUGAGCUCACUGCAGCAAGGCGUGAGCUCACUGCAGCAAGGCGUGAGCUCACUGCAGCAAGGCGUGAGCUCACUGCAGCAAGGCGUGAGCUCACUGCAGCAAGGCGUGAGCUCACUGCAGCAACGCGUGAGCUCACUGCAGCAAGGCGUGAGCUCACUGCAGCAACGCGUGAGCUCACUGCAGCAACGCGUGAGCUCACUGCAGCAACGCGUGAGCUCACUGCAGCAAGGCGUGAGCUCACUGCAGCAAGGCGUGAGCUCACUGCAGCAACGCGUGAGCUCACUGCAGCAACGCGUGAGCUCACUGCAGCAACGCGUGAGCUCACUGCAGCAACGCGUGAGCUCACUGCAGCAACGCGUGAGCUCACUGCAGCAAGGCGUGAGCUCACUGCAGCAAGGCGUGAGCUCACUGCAGCAACGCGUGAGCUCACUGCAGCAACGCGUGAGCUCACUGCAGCAACGCGUGAGCUCACUGCAGCAAGGCGUGAGCUCACUGCAGCAAGGCGUGAGCUCACUGCAGCAAGGCGUGAGCUCACUGCAGCAAGGCGUGAGCUCACUGCAGCAAGGCGUGAGCUCACUGGCAGCAGCGUGAGCUCACUGCAGCAAGGCGUGAGCUCACUGCAGCAAGGCGUGAGCUCACUGCAGCAACGCGUGAGCUCACUGCAGCAACGCGUGAGCUCACUGCAGCAAGGCGUGAGCUCACUGCAGCAAGGCGUGAGCUCACUGCAGCAACGCGUGAGCUCACUGCAGCAAGGCGUGAGCUCACUGCAGCAAGGCGUGAGCUCACUGCAGCAAGGCGUGAGCUCACUGCAGCAACGCGUGAGCUCACUGCAGCAAGGCGUGAGCUCACUGCAGCAACGCGUGAGCUCACUGCAGCACUGCAAUCAAGGCGUGAGCUCACUGCAGCAACGCGUGAGCUCACUGCAGCAAGGCGUGAGCUCACUGCAGCAAGGCGUGAGCUCACUGCAGCAAGGCGUGAGCUCACUGCAGCAAGGCGUGAGCUCACUGCAGCAACGCGUGAGCUCACUGCAGCAACGCGUGAGCUCACUGCAGCAAGGCGUGAGCUCACUGCAGCAACGCGUGAGCUCACUGCAGCAAGGCGUGAGCUCACUGCAGCAACGCGUGAGCUCACUGCAGCAAGGCGUGAGCUCACUGCAGCAAGGCGUGAGCUCACUGCAGCAAGGCGUGAGCUCACUGCAGCAAGGCGUGAGCUCACUGCAGCAACGCGUGAGCUCACUGCAGCAACGCAUGAGCUCACUGCAGCAACGCGUGAGCUCACUGCAGCAACGCGUGAGCUCACUGCAGCAAGGCGUGAGCUCACUGCAGCAAGGCGUGAGCUCACUGCAGCAACGCGUGAGCUCACUGCAGCAAGGCGUGAGCUCACUGCAGCAAGGCGUGAGCUCACUGCAGCAAGGCGUGAGCUCACUGCAGCAACGCGUGAGCUCACUGCAGCAAGGCGUGAGCUCACUGCAGCAAGGCGUGAGCUCACUGCAGCAACGCGUGAGCUCACUGCAGCAACGCGUGAGCUCACUGCAGCAACGUGUGAGCUCACUGCAGCAACGCGUGAGCUCACUGCAGCAACGCGUGAGCUCACUGCAGCAAGGCGUGAGCUCACUGCAGCAACGCGUGAGCUCACUGCAGCAAGGCGUGAGCUCACUGCAGCAAGGCGUGAGCUCACUGCAGCAAGGCGUGAGCUCACUGCAGCAAGGCGUGAGCUCACUGCAGCAAGGCGUGAGCUCACUGCAGCAACGCGUGAGCUCACUGCAGCAACGCGUGAGCUCACUGCAGCAAGGCGUGAGCUCACUGCAGCAACGCGUGAGCUCACUGCAGCAAGGCGUGAGCUCACUGCAGCAACGCGUGAGCUCACUGCAGCAACGCGUGAGCUCACUGCAGCAACGCGUGAGCUCACUGCAGCAAGGCGUGAGCUCACUGCAGCAAGGCGUGAGCUCACUGCAGCAAGGCGUGAGCUCACUGCAGCAACGCGUGAGCUCACUGCAGCAACGCGUGAGCUCACUGCAGCAAGGCGUGAGCUCACUGCAGCAACGCGUGAGCUCACUGCAGCAAGGCGUGAGCUCACUGCAGCAACGCGUGAGCUCACUGCAGCAAGGCGUGAGCUCACUGCAGCAAGGCGUGAGCUCACUGCAGCAACGCGUGAGCUCACUGCAGCAACGCGUGAGCUCACUGCAGCAACGCGUGAGCUCACUGCAGCAACGCGUGAGCUCACUGCAGCAACGCGUGAGCUCACUGCAGCAAGGCGUGAGCUCACUGCAGCAACGCGUGAGCUCACUGCAGCAAGGCGUGAGCUCACUGCAGCAAGGCGUGAGCUCACUGCAGCAAGGCGUGAGCUCACUGCAGCAACGCGUGAGCUCACUGCAGCAACGCGUGAGCUCACUGCAGCAACGCGUGAGCUCACUGCAGCAACGCGUGAGCUCACUGCAGCAACGCGUGAGCUCACUGCAGCAACGCGUGAGCUCACUGCAGCAAGGCGUGAGCUCACUGCAGCAACGCGUGAGCUCACUGCAGCAACGCGUGAGCUCACUGCAGCAACGCGUGAGCUCACUGCAGCAAGGCGUGAGCUCACUGCAGCAAGGCGUGAGCUCACUGCAGCAACGCGUGAGCUCACUGCAGCAAGGCGUGAGCUCACUGCAGCAACGCGUGAGCUCACUGCAGCAAGGCGUGAGCUCACUGCAGCAAGGCGUGAGCUCACUGCAGCAAGGCGUGAGCUCACUGCAGCAAGGCGUGAGCUCACUGCAGCAACGCGUGAGCUCACUGCAGCAAGGCGUGAGCUCACUGCAGCAAGGCGUGAGCUCACUGCAGCAAGGCGUGAGCUCACUGCAGCAACGCGUGAGCUCACUGCAGCAAGGCGUGAGCUCACUGCAGCAACGCGUGAGCUCACUGCAGCAAGGCGUGAGCUCACUGCAGCAAGGCGUGAGCUCACUGCAGCAAGGCGUGAGCUCACUGCAGCAACGCGUGAGCUCACUGCAGCAAGGCGUGAGCUCACUGCAGCAACGCGUGAGCUCACUGCAGCAACGCGUGAGCUCACUGCAGCAACGCGUGAGCUCACUGCAGCAACGCGUGAGCUCACUGCAGCAAGGCGUGAGCUCACUGCAGCAAGGCGUGAGCUCACUGCAGCAAGGCGUGAGCUCACUGCAGCAACGCGUGAGCUCACUGCAGCAACGCGUGAGCUCACUGCAGCAACGCGUGAGCUCACUGCAGCAAGGCGUGAGCUCACUGCAGCAACGCGUGAGCUCACUGCAGCAAGGCGUGAGCUCACUGCAGCAACGCGUGAGCUCACUGCAGCAACGCGUGAGCUCACUGCAGCAACGCGUGAGCUCACUGCAGCAAGGCGUGAGCUCACUGCAGCAAGGCGUGAGCUCACUGCAGCAAGGCGUGAGCUCACUGCAGCAACGCGUGAGCUCACUGCAGCAAGGCGUGAGCUCACUGCAGCAACGCGUGAGCUCACUGCAGCAACGCGUGAGCUCACUGCAGCAAGGCGUGAGCUCACUGCAGCAACGCGUGAGCUCACUGCAGCAAGGCGUGAGCUCACUGCAGCAAGGCGUGAGCUCACUGCAGCAAGGCGUGAGCUCACUGCAGCAAGGCGUGAGCUCACUGCAGCAACGCGUGAGCUCACUGCAGCAACGCGUGAGCUCACUGCAGCAACGCGUGAGCUCACUGCAGCAAGGCGUGAGCUCACUGCAGCAACGCGUGAGCUCACUGCAGCAAGGC